AUGAGGCUAACCACGGACCUGAUCAACAACUCCCUCUCCUUCAUCAACUGUCUCACGGAGCGUGAACUCGAUCUGCGAGGCCACAAGAUUUCCGCCAUUGAAAACAUGGGCGCGGCACGAGACAACGACGCAAUAGACCUGACCGACAACGAUAUCGCGCAACUAGGGAAUUUCCCUCUCCAGCCCCGCCUUCGCACCCUGUUCCUGGCGCAAAACCGCAUCUCCAACAUCCAACCGAGCCUGUCGUCUAGCAUACCCAACCUACGCACACUAGUCCUUACGAAGAACCGGAUCGCAGAGCUGGCCGACUUGGACCCUUUGGCGGGCUUCAAGGCUCUGACAUACCUAUCGUUGCUGGGAAACCCAGUUACUAGCAAAGAGAGCACAUUUGAUGCCGGGUGGGCUACUCGCUACGACGAAUGUACCCAGCGCUGUGCAGCAGAGUUUUGUGGUACAUGGAAUGCUAAACUUUUUUGGCAGAACUACAGGUAUUGGGUCAUCUGGCGCUGUCCAACCGUGAGAUUCUUGGAUUUUGCCAAAGUCCGCGACGUUGAACGGAAGAAGGCCACCGAGCUGUUUGGAACUGCAGAGGAGCCCACAGAACUUGCGAACCAGAUCUCGAACAACAAAUCAAAAGGCUUCGUCGUACCCACAUUUACAAACGGUGCCGACUCAGGCAAAGAGCGCAUCUACACCGACGACGAGAAGAAGCGGAUGCGAGCUGCCAUCCUCAACGCAAGCAGCCUGGCAGAGAUGGCGCGGCUGGAGAAGGAUUUCGCAGAGGGACGGAUACCGGCGCACAUUCUCGAAGGCGGAGACCCAAUGGAGACGUAA